AUGGCGGCACCAUCAGAGCCAGUGCACCAGACACCGGAUCUUAGCGAAGAACAGAACGGCACCUCGACUAGCGCAGACGAGCCACAACACAACCCCUACGUUGAUGAAGACGAGAAUCCUCUGGUUGAAGGCGACGAAGCAGCGCAACUGGCAGCUCUGGGCGCAGGCGUACGGGAUCAAGAUGACCUCGAGCGAGAUAUUGGACAGCAAGCCGAUCAGCUGCUGGCAGAACAGGCAGAUGAGAGGGACCAGAAGCGUCUCGACAAGGCGACCAAAGAAAAAGACCAACUACAAUCUGGCAUACGUGUGCUGGAGAAGAAGUUGUCUGAGUUCGGUACCAAGCCCACCAAGGACAAAUAUCGCUCAGAGAUUGCCCAUUACAAUGCCUUAAUCGCAAACCAUGACAGAGACAUCGAACAGAUCAAGCGGCGAAUGAACGAUCGUCACCAGCACGAAGGCACUCAAGACGGCGAUGAGAAUGCCGCCAACAAACGCCAGCCAGGCGAGAGUCAUCGCGAAUUCCUGAUCCGAACUGGAAAGAUCACACCUUUCUCCAAGAAAGGCACCAAGCUGCUGAAGACUUCAUCGAGUCUCGGGGAUGUUUUGCUCGAUGCAGAAGAGGAGGAUGAAAGCGGCGAAAUGGAAGAGGAAGACGAAGCCGAGGAGACUGGUGGUCAGGCGCAGCCAAUGUCACAUCGAAACUUGCUUGCACCUGGCUUUGACCAAGAGGACACCAGCGCUGCAGGAAGUACGGCGGGAGACACAGAAGAUGAUGCCGCACUGGCUCGCAGAUUGCAAGACGAGGAGUUUGCAUCGGAGCGGCCAGCCAAGCGUCGGCGACUUGCCACCAGACGACAAGCGAGGGGAGUGUCAGAGGAAGCGAGCCCAGCUGCAGAUGACUCAGAUGCAUACGUGCCUGGUGCAGAUGCGGUACACGUAUCAGCUGAUGAUCUUGACGAGGAAGACGACGCGCCACUGAGUACAACCCCUGGAAUCAAGCGGAAGGGCAAGCAGAAAGCGAGAAGAGAUGCGGAUGCAGAGCAGGAAGACUUGGCAGGUAUCGAUGACGGCAAUGAGGAUGUCUAUCAAUCGAGACUUCAGAGCUGGAUCGAGAGGCGCAGAGCUGCCCGGCAACGUUUUCAAGACCGCAAUGCGUCGAAUUCGGCAGACGAGAUCAAAGCCGAAGACGAAGGCGGUCCUACGGUUCAAGAAGAGGAUGAAUGGCGUAUGCCUCAUCCCAACCGCACGGAUGCCAUAUUCGAUGGUGGAUAUCGUGUGCCCGGCGACAUCUACCCUUCGCUUUUCGACUACCAAAAGACAGGAGUACAAUGGCUCUGGGAGUUGUAUUCGCAGCAAGUUGGCGGAGUCGUUGGUGAUGAGAUGGGUCUUGGGAAAACGAUCCAGGUCAUUUCAUUCCUUGCCGGCCUGCACUACUCUGGCAAGCUCACCAAGCCUGUCAUUGUUGUGUGUCCCGCGACGGUGAUGAAGCAGUGGGUGAACGAGUUCCAUCGAUGGUGGCCGCCACUUCGAGUCUCGAUCUUGCAUACUUCCGGCAGCGGCAUGCUCGAUGUUAAGAGAGAGGCACGCAUCGAGGACGACCUUGAAGAUGACUCGUAUACUCGGAAGAGUACACAGAGCAAAGGACACAAAUCUGCGAAGCGCAUUGUGGAUAGAGUCAUUCGAGAUGGCCAUGUGCUAGUCACGACGUACUCUGGACUUCAGACAUAUGCCGAGCUCCUCAUUCCCACAGACUGGGAAUAUGCAGUACUGGAUGAGGGCCACAAGAUCCGCAAUCCCAACACUGCAAUCACCAUCUACUGCAAGGAGCUUCGUACGCACAAUCGAGUGAUACUUUCAGGAACUCCUAUGCAGAACAAUUUGACGGAGCUAUGGUCGCUCUUUGACUUCGUCUUUCCGAUGAGGCUCGGUACACUGGUGAACUUCAAGAGUCAGUUCGAGAUACCGAUCAAGCAAGGUGGAUACGCGAACGCAUCGAACCUUCAGGUCGAGACGGCAAUGAAGUGUGCCGAGACGUUGAAAGACACGAUCUCGCCAUACUUGUUGCAGAGAUUCAAGAUCGAUGUUGCUGCUGAUCUGCCGAAGAAGAGUGAACGUGUGCUCUUUUGCAAGCUUACCAAGCUGCAACGUGAUGCCUAUCAAUGGUUUCUCAACUCGGAAGACAUGAAGUCUAUCAUGGCUGGGAAGCGUCAGGCAUUGUAUGGUGUUGACAUACUCCGCAAGAUCUGCAAUCAUCCAGAUCUUGUCGACCACAAGACUCUGUCCAAGCAAGGUGGUUAUACGUACGGCAUUGGCACAAAGUCCGGGAAGAUGCAGGUGGUGAAAGCGCUCUUGGAGAUCUGGAAACGCAACGGCCACAAGACGCUGCUUUUUGCGCAGCAUCGAAUCAUGCUCGACAUCUUGGAAAAGUUCGUCGCGGGAAUGGAGGGUUUCAAUUACCGUCGCAUGGAUGGCAAUACCUCGAUCAAAGACCGCCAGGAUCUCGUCGACGAGUUCAACAAGGACCCCAAUCUACACGUGUUCCUGCUCACCACGAAAGUUGGUGGACUGGGCGUGAACCUUACGGGAGCUGAUCGAGUCAUCAUUUAUGAUCCUGAUUGGAAUCCAUCAACGGAUGUACAAGCACGCGAGCGAGCAUGGCGACUCGGUCAGAAACGUGAAGUAGAGAUCUACCGUCUGAUGACUGCUGGGACGAUUGAGGAGAAGAUAUAUCACAGACAAAUCUUCAAGCAGUUCCUCACCAACAAGAUUCUGCGAGAUCCGAAGCAGAGACAAACGUUCCAGCUUCGUGACUUGCACGAUCUUUUCACCUUGGGCGAUCCAAUGGCGAAUGGCGAGACCGAGACGGGAAGUAUCUUCAAAGGCACAGAAGUGCAGCUAUCUGGGAACGUCGGAUCGAAACAAGAUCAACCCUUACCGACGCCGCCAGAUGAGAGCGAGAAGGCGAAAGAAGGCGCUGCCAUUAAGGAUGUUUUUGGCAUCUCGAGACAGGAAGAUUUCCAAGGGAAUGAAGAUGAAAAGCAGGCCGAGAACGGCGGCGAGCAGAAGGAAGACCGCGUUCUAUCAUCCAUCUUCGCGCGAACAGGUGUACAAGGCGCUCAGGACCACGACGCCAUCAUCAAUGGCCGCAAGACCGUUCGAGCUGAUCCCGUAAUGAUCGAGCGCGAGGCGAAGAAGGUCGCCGCUCGAGCAGCCAAGGAACUCGAACGUGCGGGAGAGUUGGCACGUGCUGUCCCUGCUGGAACCGUCACCUGGACUGGCCUUCACGGCACCGCAGGUCGCGACCCUUCGCCUCCUCGUCGCGGCGGUAUGCGCGGAGGUCGAGGAGGUGGCGCCACAAGAGGAGGCCCAUCUUCCGCCUCCGUGCUCGCGAAUCUGCAAAACCGCCACAUCGGCGGCGCAUCUUCUUCAGCAGCCGCCGUUGCAUCUGCCGACUCCAGUCGCUCGACAACACCCGCACGAGGAGGCCGAGCCAACGCGAACGGACCACAGCCCAAAGGCGUAGACUUUCUCAAGCUCAUACGUGAUUACCUGGUGUCGCACGGCGGCUCGGCCUACACGCAGAUGCUGAUUGAUCACUUCAACCGAUACUGUCGGACGGAACAGCGCACGGCGGAGUUUCGGGAGAUGCUCAAGACGAUUGCGGUGAUGGAGAAGGGCGGGCGCGGGAGGGCGAAGUGGGUGUUGAGGGAGGAGUAUCGUCCUCCGCCUGCUGCGUGA